AUGAAGCUCCUUAUGAUCACCACCCUCCUGGCCUCUCUCCUUGUCUCUACAGAUGCCACAGUGGUCAAGGCCUACAAAGGCACCUCUUGCAAGAGUGCGAACUACAUUGGCUCGGUGAGCGCCUGUGGAAGCACGGGGCUAUCACAAAACUACAAAGUCCAAAGUCUCUCACUCAACUUCCAAAAAGCAACAGCCUCGUUCUAUCAGCAAAAACCCGAUAAAAACGGAAACUGCGUGGGCCCCCGUAUCUCCAAGAACUCCGAUCAGACGUGCGUGAAACUUCCUACGGGCUGGGAGCGAUUUGGCUGUGUGAAGAUCCAUGGUGGCACUUGCUGA